AUGUCCAAGGAGUUAGACGUUAAUCCAUCGGAGGUUGUAUUCCUCGAAACUCUAAAGGAGAGCAAAUACUCCGUGGUAUUCAAAGUGCGUUUCCAGGAGACGCUAUGCAUCAUGAAAGUGUAUCACGAUCGGGAGCCAAAUGAACUUGACCCUCCCGACCGCAUAGUCAACCUCUUCAUCUCCGAAUCCACCGCCUACCAACGACUAGAAUCCAAAGGCCUAUGCCAGAGGGGCGUUAUCCCAAACUUCUACGGGACGAUCAGAAAGAUCCAAUCGGCUGAUUGGCCAAAUCUCCACAUGUUCCUUGACGACAAAUUACCGCCCAAUGCUGUUCUUAUUGAGUAUAUCCCACACUUGCAGCAAAUUGAUCUAUCCAACUACACACCACGACGCCUGGCUAAACUCCGCGAGAUUCUCGACGAUAUUCACGCAGCGGGAGUUCUUCAUGCUGAUCCAAAGCCGCGUAAUAUGAUGGUUUCCGUAGCAGAGGAGGAGGAAAGGGUACUCUGGAUCGACUUUGAUUCUGCACAGACGGUUUCAGAGUGUGGUGAUCUCUCACCAAGACAACGAAGAUGGUUCGAUCAGGAGGAUGAGAUGAUGGAUUAUUUUGUUUAUGCUUUGGCGAAAGAUUUUGAGGAAGGAAAGCUGAAUCGCACGAUUUCGUACUAUUAUGAAUGGUACGUGUAG